AUGUGCCGAAAAACGCGAGCCAUGGAAAUCGGUGCUGCCGCCGGUUGCGUCAGCUCUUUGCCGAGUGUGCGGGAAGUCAGGACGCCCGCAAAGCGAGUCCAAAGUUACGACAAGAAGCUGACGUCCCUGACUGUGCCCUUGGGUGCUUUCGGCUUGUUAUUGGGUGCCCGCUCGCAAUCCCGGCAAGCGCCACGUCCAGGGCAAAGGCUAGCGCCACAACGUCGAUACACCGCGGAAACCACGCGUGUGAUAGGGGAUUGGGCGGAUGGUCUCGUCGAAGCCGGCGAGGUGAAGCUCGUGGUCUCUGAGCUUCCGGGGGGCAUCACGCAGUUCCGCAGCGUCCACACCAAGGGCUCUCGCUAUGGAGAGGAGUAUGACCUGGGUGCCGGGAGCACUGAGAACUUGUACCUGCUCAAGCCAGAAUCGUCAGACAAACCCUGGCUUUUGAUUGGCGCAUUUAGCCGAGACAGCCAGAAUUUAAUGUUGGACAUGAUGAAGACGGAGCCUGCCCUAGUGGACAAGGUCGGAAUGCUGGUGCUGCAGUUCUUCGACGGAGGGCAGGUCCCCUUCAUUGAGGAGCGGCAUCUGGGGAAAGGUGAUCUUGUUGAGCAACGAUCUGGGGAUCCGCUCUUGAUCUACGCUUCGAUGCCUGUAAUUCUGGCCCUGAAGAAGAAGUUGUCGGAGGCGGUGAUGGGGAAGGUGAGCUUCCUUCCCAUCAAGAACAGCUCCAGGCUCGAGCUCGACACCGGCCGGGUGAUGCGCUUCGUGCUGACCCCAACCCAGAAGCUGCCGGAAGCCACGUCGGCCUUCGAUCCGCUCACCGGAAGCCUCUUCACAGGUAAGUUCUUCAGUGCGCACAGGGAGAUUGGCGAGAAAGAUAGCCCUUUCGACACUCCAGGGAUUGAAGGCUGGGAGGCAUACGUGGAGGACUGGUAUCAUUUGUUCGACUGUUACUUCUUCACCAAGAGGGCGGCCUCGUCCGUGCGGAAGAUCUUCAUGCUUUGCGAGGCCCUGCGUGGGCCGGAUGUGACGCAGCUGGCUCCUCUGCAUGGCCCAGUGGUGCGGGAUCAGUGCUGGAAGCUGAUGGCAAAGUACGAAGCCUGGACUGAGCAAAAGCUGAGGAAAGAGACCCGGCGAGACUUCGAAGUCCUCGUGAUGUACGCCAGCGCUUACGGUCAUACCAAGACCUUGGCUCAAGCCAUCUCGAAGGGUCUUGCGACAUCCGGCGUCAAGGUAGUGGACUUGAACCUCGAGCAUUGCACUGCCGACGACGUUUCAGCAGCGCUGCAGUCAGCUGAUGGCUUCUGCAUUGGCAGUCCAACGUUGGGUGGUGAGAUGCCAUCCCAAGUCAAAGAGGCUCUCGGAGUUGUCCUGAGCCUGCCUGCAGAUCGACGUGUCCCCUGCGGAGUGUUUGGGUCUUUUGGGUGGAGUGGUGAGGCAGUUGAUGAGCUGCAAUUCCGCCUGAAGGAUUCUGGCUUCCCAUUGGCCUUCGAUCCCAUCCGGGCCAAAUUCAAGCCUACGCCAGAAACUCUAGAGCUUUGCACCAUCUCAGGCCUCCGCUUAUUUCAGAAGCUCUGCCGCGAUGUGCUUCAGAAGCGCAAGAGCAUGGCGCGGAACCUGACCAAGCAGCCUGGCAGUGGGGCGUUGGAAGCGUUCGGUAAAAUGCGGACGUCGCAGGCCGUGAUGACAUCUCUUGGCCCAGAGGGUGACAUCUUCACCCCGGUAUCAUGGGUCAACCAGGCAUCUUUUGAGCCGCUCGGUAUCACUCUCGCAAUUCCAAAGCCAGAGGAGGAGCUCGAGGCGGUGACGGCGGAAAUUGAAGAGCCAGAGUUUCUCCUCGAUAGCAUUUUGAAGAACCAUGAGAAGAUCAGAUCUCGUUAUGUGGAGGGCGAAGAAGUGACAGACAUUUUGAAGCAGCUUCUCGGAACAAGCGACGCCGAUUGCCUCGACAAGGCUGUGGAAAUCCUUGAUCCGUACGACGACGGGUUGGUCACCUUCGACGAGCUACGGAUUGCCGUGCAGCCAGGAGAGCCACUGCGAGCCAUGAUGGAGGAAAGAAAACAGGCAGGCAGCUGCCCGAAGGAAAGCCUGGGUCUCCAAGAUUUUCUGCUCAGCCUGGCACCUGAGGGUCAGAGCUAUGCAGAGCUGGCAAAGGCUGGACCACACAAGAAGGCCAAGUCAACGAACGGAUGCUUGGUGCUGGCAGGUUGCCAUGCAUAUCUUGAGUGCCAUGCCGUCUCGGUGCUGGAUGCCGGGAACUAUUCGUUGGUCUAUGCCGAGGUCACCUCUGGUAAAGUCUUGGACGAGAAGGUGAAGACGGACAUCAGAUCUGUCAUCGAGUCCUCCAACCUCGUCGGGUUGAACCUGCAGGAUGCGACCCAAACCACCCAGGCCCAGGCCCGUGCUCCGGCAAUGGCGGCGAUGCCGGCAACUUCGCGCCGGCCACAGGGAGCCACUUUUGCGGGUGCCACCACAAGCCCAGCGAUGAGAACGGCACAGAGAACCGCUCUGGCAGCACGAGGGGGAGAAGAGCGAGAUGUAGAAAUGUCUGAGAUUCAGAGUUGGACAGGCCUCACGCCUGGAAAGGAGUAUCGCUUGCAGACUAUGUCCAUUGAAGCCAUAGCGGACGACACGAGCACCAUUCGGUCUUUGGACUGGGAUCGGGACCGUUUCGACAUCGAGUUCCGCUUGGAGCGUGGAACAACCUACAACUCCUACAUAAUCAAGGGCGCUGAGAAGACAGCUGUGGUAGACACUUCGCACGAGAAGUUUGAAGAUCUCUAUACUGCGGCGCUUAGCAAAGAGGUCGAUUUGGCUAUGCUGGACUACUUGGUCGUGUCCCACACAGAGCCCGACCAUUCUGGCCUGAUCGGAAAGGUCCUCGAAAUGGCUGCGGCAGCUGGCAACGAAAAGCUCGAGGUGAUCGGCUCCAAAAUCUGCAUCCUCUAUCUGAAGAACUUGGUCUUCCAGCCAUUCAAAAGCAAAGUUGUCCAGACAGGUGAUCAGCUUGAUCUAGGUGGCGGCCACACGUUGGAAUUCGUGAUUGCGCCGAACCUCCAUUGGCCUGAUACGAUGUUCACUUUCGACCACAAGACAGGAAUACUUUUUACUUGUGAUGCUUUUGGAAUGCACUACUGCUCUGACUAUUUGGAGGAUGUCGAGGGAGUGAAGGAGCUGCUUCCUCAUUAUGCCACGUACUACGACUGCCUCAUGAAGCCCAAUGCGAGAUCGGUUCUGACGGCCCUGAAGAAGAUCAACGACUUUGAUCUCAAGGCCGUGGCCACGGGGCAUGGCCCCAUGCUCUCGCAGAAUUUGGAGACUUUCGUUGACUACUACCGCUCCUGGAGCGAGAAGGCGACUGCCAAGAUUGGCCCCUCAGUCGCCGUUUUCUGGGUCAGCAACUUCGGGGAGAGCGAGCGGCUCGCGCAGCUCUUUGCGCACGGGCUCACCAGCUGCAGCGUGAAUGUGGAGAUGCAUGACCUCAAUGCUGUGGACGGGCUGGAAAUCACCGAGUGCCUCGGCCGGAACGAGAUCAUUGUCUUCACAGCACCGCCGAAGGAGUCGACUGGAGCAAGUAACAUUGGCAACAUCGUGGCGAACGUGAAGCCCAAGAAGCACCAGUUUGUCGUGCUGGACAGCUGCGACGACAACCAGGAGCCCGUGGCCUUGCUGCGGAGCCGGAUGCUCGAGGCCAACAUCCCGGAGGCAUUGCCUGCGAUGGAGGUGACGAAUCGGCCAAUCACAGCGCAGACCCUUCACGCCUUUGAGGAGGCCACAGUGCAAGGGAUGCAGAUUGGCAAGAAGCUGACGCAGAAGAGCAAGGCAGCAGCUGCCAAGAGCCAGGAUAAAGAUCUUUCCAAAGCUUUGGGACGCCUGGCGAGCUCCCUUUAUAUCGUCACAGCCAAGAAGGCAGGGGUCCGCCACGCCAUGGUGGCGAGCUGGGUAACGCCUGCAUCCAGCAAGCCCCUGGGUGUUUCUGUAACCAUCGCCAAGGAGCGUGCCAUGGAACCUUUGCUCCGAAUUGGUGACAGCUUCACAUUGAACAUCCUGGAGGACGGCAAACGAGAGACGUUGCAGGUGAUGAAGCAUUUCUUGCAGCGCUUUGCUCCUGGAGUCGAUCGUUUGGAGGGCGUGGAUCAUAUCGAGGGAUCCAACGGCGCGGCCAUUUUGAGCUUGAUGUUUUGCGGUUCCAGAGACGACGAAGCCUCCAAAGCGGGGCAGCAGGUGCCAGUCGAUGCAGCAGGUAGAUACCUCACGAUGAAGGAACCAUGCAGCGGCAGGAGUUUGGAGCCCGUCGCCGAGGAAGCCGAGGUCUACCAGAGCUGUGACAGCACUCAUGCACCUCCUUCAGUUGUUCUCUACUUGGGCGUUUUGCUUCGGUUGAUGCCCAUGUUGGCGGAGCCAUCGACGCCUGACUUGACAGACGCAACGUCGGCCCAGGCCUGCGAGUCCUCCAAAGGAGAGACAGUCGUCUUCCAGCACUUUGCCAAUGCGUCUUUGCACUUGCAAGAGCUUGCAAAGCUAUUGCGAGACAUCCGGGCAGAGACACCGCCGGUCUCGUCUAGAUCCGUGCCUGAAGCGCAGGGAGUCGAGGCCUUGCAAGCCGAAGCGCGGAGCGGCGGGGCUGUGCUGCCGGCCGCGGUGGAGCCUUCCUUGGAGCUCGGGGAGACCGUGUCCAGCUUCAAGACAGAGGGUCUCGUGAGCAUGUCAGAUUCUCUGACGCUGUCAGUCUCCCCGACUGGGGUUGACGAGGAGGUGGCACCGCUCCCGUCAGCUGAAGGCAACGCAGAAAGAGAUCUCACAGAGGGUACGCCGACGGAUUCACCGACGCUGCCCGAGGCUUUGCCGAACGAGGCCGAUGUGGAAGCAGAUGUGACGCUGCAUCCGUCGGCUCUGGAUCCGAGCGAGCUGGUUGCAGGUGAUGCCGUUGCUCCCCCUGCCCCACCCGAGGCGAUUCUGAAGGAGGCACCGAUGGAAGCGGACCCUGAGGAAGCUUGCCGGGAAAACGAAGCAGUUAUACCUGAAGGCCCAGGCGAUGCAGGGGCAAGCCUUGCAGAGGUUGCCCCUCGAGCCCAGUCAGAGGUUGAUUCCGAGCCAUCCGCCAUUGACCGGCUGGGUGACAAGGAGAAGCAGGCUCUGGCCGCUGCCCAUCAAACGCUCACAGAGAUGGCGAAGCUAUUGCUUGAAGCGGCAGUGGAAUCUCCGGCAGCCAGUCCCCGGCCAGAGGCCACAGAUGACUAG